AUGUUGCACGCGGUACUGUGUCUGUCGCUGGCCGCUGCGGUGUUCCCGGUCAGCCCGUCGACGGCCGAAGGUGAGUGCGUCUGGUUUUUAUUCUUGGUGCUGAGCGUUCUCGGUUUUACCAUUACGUUAUUAAUAUUAUCAUGUUAAUAAUUAAGACGUGUUUUACUUUUUCGUGUCUGCUAAUAACGCACAUUUUUUACUGGAAAUAUCGCUCCGAUCGCUUAACUUCAGGAUAGUUGUUAAGUAGUGGAAUAUUUUUCUAUAUUUAAAAUACUUUAAAAAUACUUUUUCAUCGUAUUUGUAUAACGGAAUAUAAAAUACUUUUGUUAGCGUUACCGUUAUAAUAUUACAAUGUAUACAAUUAUAAUUGUUUCAAAAAUAAUAUGGUUCCAUAGGAAUUUGUAAUAAGAAGAUUUGAUCAUCAAAUCUUUAUUGUUAUGACUAGGGUGCGGAUUUCAAUGUUCUAUAAAACAAGAAAAAUGCCUUAAACAAUACAAUUUAAUGCACUUAAAUUUGAUUAAACAACGUUAAAAAAUGUUGAAAAUUAUUUAAACGUUGAAAACAACGUUUUCUUAUUAGGUAUAUAAAUUUACUAAACACAACAGUGCAAAUGGUGCAAUACGAUUAUAAUAUUACAACUCGAUAAACAGCUUAUCGUUUUCUUUAUUGCAACUGGUAUCGAAUUUAUUUUCUUUUAGUAGGAAAUCAAAAAAAAUAAAUGAUCAAAUUUUCUAAAACAAAGGAAAAAUGCACUUAAAUUGCAAAAUAAAAGUUUCAUAAUUUAACUCUUUAAUGUAUGAAACGAAUUUUGUGCUUGGAAAUCAUUAAUUCAGGGCGUUCAGAAAAAAAACGCAAAUUAUAUUGUAGGUAAUCCGCACCCUAGUUAUGGCUUGUUAAUAACUCAUUAUAACAGUGCAAUCUACUUAGCUAAAGUCAACUUAAUAAAGCUCAUUUACUUACGAAAUAUAUUGAAUACAUUUGGUAACAAGAUUGAUCCAAAGGUGAUUUCUGGUAGCAAAUUUUGUAUAGUUGAUACGUUAACGAAGUUAUUUUCUUCAUUUCCCUUGAGGUUUUCUUAAUGAAUGUGAAAAGCGGAAAAAUGUACGCAAAAAUAACGGAUUUUGUUAUUUUCAACUCUGUUAAAAGUUAUCGUGGAUACUUGAAAUUCUCACCGAAUAAUCUAUGUGGUAAAAUUCAUUGAUAGCCAUUUAAAAUGUUCAAGGUUGUACUUGGUUUUAUGUGAAUAAAAUUUUUUGGCUUUUCGAAAAUACUUGAAAAUCUGACGAUGAUUUUAUCAUAAGUUGUACGUAAUGGUAAAAAAACAAGUCGAGUGUCAUUUAAAAUGAUUUAUUUGUUGAGUGUUUGAAGUUCAUAUUUGUAUGAAAGUCGUAAAAAACCUGACAAUUCAAUAUGGUUAUCCGAACUUUGAUCAGAAUCGUUUUUCGUUAGUAAUGAUUUAUCGUUAUGUACAAAUAUGAACUGAAUUACUUUGACUUUUCAAAUUUGUUUAUUAUUAUUUUACAAAUCGGUGUUUUUUUUUUUUACGAAUAUCUGUCGUUAUUUGCUCGGUUAAUUAACUCUUUAUUCGAAACCUUUCACGCCGUAUAUCUACUAUAUUUAUAAUGUACCUUGUAAAAAUGUAAACGAUUCGGAUAAUCCAUCCGGCGGCGCGACGGUCCUUUAUACGAAACAUUUUUCUAGAAAUUCCCGGAGCAGUAUUUUACAUAAAAAAAAAAAAAAAUUAAUAAACGAUCACGAUACACUGGUUUCAGACGCGAAUCUGCGUAGUACCCAGUGAUUUACAAUUUUAAAGUCCGAAGCUUAAUUAUAAAUUUCUUAAUUUGGGGGGCUCACACAUGCAUUUCAGCCUUUUUCCCCCGGGUUAUCUUGGUUUCCCGAGGAAAAGACUAAACUUAAUUCAUUUAGUAGCAUCUACUUGCAGUUAAAGACGAUUUACAGUUAUUAUGUUCCUUUUGCAUUUAUAAUUUUUUUUUUUUUUUUUUUUUGUGAGAAAGAGAUGCUAAUAUAUUUUGUCCGGUACCGAUCUACGACGAAAAAAACUUUACUUCCCAAUUUUUUAGAAAAUUGGAAAGUUUAGAAACUUACCAAUGGAUACGAGUAUAUUCCAUUUCUGCAGUAAUUUCAUCCGCACAAAUUUCUCGAACAGCAUUUUCUGUAAGUUUUCGUGACAAUACGCGGUAUUUACUGAUGAAUGACAACGGAUCAUUUUUCACGAGCAUUAGCUGCUGUAUGGGCACCAGUCGUGCUCGGCCGGUGAUUUCUAAACGGUGAAUUUAGGCAGUAAAGUUGCGAUGUUGGCGCAAUUAAAUUUGCUUAAUAAAAUGCGAAAGUCGUUGUUGAGAUAUUUUAUGCUACGAUGGUGGUACUCAAGGAAAAAAUUAUGACAAUUAAAAAAACAUUUAACGUCGAUUUUGUUAUUUAAAUUUAAAAAAAAUAAAUAAAUAAAACGAGCUGUACGCGUACAAAAAUGUGUAAUUCAAUAUGAUUUUCUACGUUAAAACAUAUUAGGUACUCAUCGUGCAUAGCUCGCGUAUAGGUUGGUAACUACUUAAUUUUUAUAGACGGACGCUUAAAAUAUAAGCUAAACAAAACGUCUUUUGGAGAGCACGGAGAAACUUCCUGCGGAAAAUCUCGAAAACAAAAAGAGCCAAGUUAAUUGGACGCAUAUUUCGCCGUCGUGUAGGUAACGACAACAAUCUCGCUUGAAUAAUAGAAGUCGCCUAUAGAAGAAGACCGCCUCUUGUAGAUUACGUAUCAGUCAAUAUAAUAAUGAAACGAACGAUUGCGGAUGAUGGGUAUUGUGAAUAUUAUUAAAAAGGAAAGUGGAGAAGCUUAUAAUACGUAGCGGAAGAUAAAGUCUACUUGUAAUCGAAUAUACAGCUCCCGAUUGCCGCCGACGAGCUCCCGGGGUACACACGCGAUGUUUUUUUCUUUUAAUUUUAAUUCGCAUUUUGUUCUACAGAUGCAGAAACACGACCGUCGACUGCGAUACGCGUAUAGUUUUUCCACGUAAAAUGCACGUCUAUAUACAGGGUGAUUUCUUUUUUUUUCUGUUAGCACUUUUCAGACCCGGAUGAUGUUAUCGAUACUGAUCGAAUUCAAGAGUGUUCGGGCCACUUAGCUGGUCGAUGGGAACGAAUAACAGUUUCAACGUUUAAUGUUCAACUAUGAGACUUCGUUCGCGAUUCGCGGGAUUCAUAUUUAGGUAUAUUUGUAAAUCAAACAUUCGGUAGGUACCCAUACCUACAGCGCUUUAUAAUAUAGCUAAAUAAUAUAAAUGAUGGUAAUGUUUACGGAUUUUCUAAUUGUAUUUAAGUAUCUUGAGUCUUAAAUUCAGGUAUUUAUUCUUACCGAGACGACUUGUGUUUUGUGUUAAAAAAAAAAAAAAAAAAUCACCCGGUAUACGUUCGAGAUUAUACUCCUAUAACGGUAGCCGAUCACGAAGUUCGUGUGUGUAUACGACUUGACAAGGAAAUAGGUACCCGUAUAGAUCGUGUGAACUAUUUUUUUUUUUUUUUAAUUUUUCUAUAGUUCUCCGAGUAUACACACGCAUACAGUCGUACUUAGGUACCUACUUGUAGUUGUCAUUAUGCGAUUUGUACGAUAGGUACCUGUAUUAUAAUAAACGUUUCGGCCCCAGGUCCCGUAAACGUAGAAGGUACUCAAAAUCGCGUGUACAUUGUUUUUUUCUUAUUAUUUUACUUUCACCACGCGCAAUCGUGUUCGCGGCAGCGUUUUUCUUUUUUUUCUUCCCCUCGUUUUAUUGUCCAUCACGACACGUGAACGCCCGUAGUCUGAUUUUAUAGAGCAAAAUUCAAAAACGAUUGAGUAGGUAUAGGAACUGCAAUAGUAUAGCCGACCGAUGAGGGGUUUUCUCUUUUCGAUUUGUAUUGUGUUUCUUGAUUUUUAAAGGCCAAAGCACGUUUGUUUUCGUUGUUUUUCGAGCGUCUUGUGAGACGGGAUUUCGGAUAAUCUUACAUGUAAUUAUUUAACAACGGAUUAUAAGUAAAUUAUUUUUACAUUAUAUAUAAUAUAUUUAAAGAGUGUGGGCUCAAAAACGGCGUGAUCGGUUUUCGGCAGCCCAGGUCGUCUGGCAGAGGAGGCGGAGGCAGUGAAGGUUCAUCCAGCAAGUCCAGGCUAGUAAAUGGCAAAGAGACCCAAAAAGGUGCUUGGCCGUGGCAAGUGAGUUUUUCGAAAAAAAUUUAAAAUAAUACAAAUAGUUGUAUACUAUCAGAGCAUUGUUUGUGGUUAGAAUUUUUCAUUUUCUAUUUUCUGGAGAAGUAAGUUUUUUUGUCAGUUAGUUUUUUUUAAAUUCAAUUAUCACCUAAAAUAUUUCAGUUUUAAAUUUUAUUAUAAAAUUAAUUCAUUAAUAUAAUAUGGAUACAGUUUAAAAAUUCAAAUGGUAUAUUUAAUAUACUGUAAUAUGGCAUGAUCACAUAAUAUUCACAAAGUAUUAAUAAAUAUAUAUAUAAUAAAACAUAAUAAAAUAAAAGAUAUUAAUUAAUAAAAAUAAUAUUAUAGGACUGUAAUAUUUCACAAACUUUUAACUUUAUGUACAAUAAAUCAUUAAACAAUUAUAAAAUUCUUUGGUAGGUAAUUAAUGAAUAAAAAUUAAUAAAACAAAAACAAGUUAGAUAAUAUGCUACAGUAAAUUAUUUUAAAUGGGGCACAUUUUCUAUUUAGGUAUCGUUACAGUUACUUCAUCCAGCAUUCGGUUUUGUCGGCCACUGGUGCGCAGGUGUACUUAUACAGCCUACUUGGGUGCUGACGGCUGCACAUUGUAUCAAAAAGUAAGUUGGAUUAAUCUUAACAAUUUAUUUUAAAACUUGUAGUAUAAAUUUUGAUUUUUAGUGAACAGUUUAGUUUGCCGUUAGCGGCUCUUUGGACUGCCGUAUUGGGCGACUGGAACAAAGACGUAGAAGAACAUACUGAAGAGCGUAUCCCAAUCGAUGAAGUAAUUAUCCACGACAUGUUUCAUAACUACCAAAAUGACAUAGGUUAAUAGUGAAUUUAAAAAAAAAAAAAUAAAUAAAAACUGAGUUUGAUAUUAUUAGUUUUAAAUGUUUUUUUUUUUCAUAUUGGCAGCAUUAAUGAAACUAUCCAGGCCAACAAACAUCACCAACACGAACGUACGAUGUUUAUGUUUACCGCCCACAACAAAUGACACACCUAUUCCCAAAGUUUGCGUCACCACUGGCUGGGGUAAAAUCAAACCUAAUGGACCAUUGUCGAGUAAACUGCGGCAAAUCAAAGUUCCAGUGCACAACACAUCCGUUUGUAGAGACAAGUAUGGACCGGCCGUACCCAUAAACGAGGGUCACCUUUGUGCUGGCCGAAUGGACGGGAAAGGUGGCGGUCCUUGUGUUGUAAGUCGAAUAAUUAUGAAGAGUUAUGUCGUUAACUGAUGUAAUCGAUCAAAAUAUUUUGCAGGGAGAUUCUGGGGGACCACUGCAAUGUUCGGGUCCAAAUGGACGAUGGUUUUUGGCUGGGCUCACAUCAUUUGGUUCGGGAUGUGCCAAACCAGGCUAUCCCGACGUGUACACAAAAUUGUCGUUUCAUUUGCCAUGGAUACUUAAGCAAAUAACGUUCUAUACUGACCAAAGAAAAUGA